AUGGCUGAUGAGAUGAAGCACGAGUUUGAGUUUGAGGGUAGACUUAAGAAAGGGUUUUCAGAGGUGAAGGGUAGACUAAAACAAAUUGAAAAAUGGGUUCCAGAACCCAUUGCAGCUGCCGUCACCGGCGCCGUGAAAGGAGCCGUUGUCAGCGUCUUUUUCGAUAUUUGCUUCAUGCAUAAUACAUCUACUCUUCAGUUUCCAUUGACUUCUGCUGAGCAAGAGUAUCUUUCUAGUUUUGGAAAGUAUCAGCCAGUGAUUCAGACUUUGAUCCUAGAAUCGGGAUGGGAACGCGCUCGUAAUCUCGCGUUUGCUGGGGGUGCUAGUUCGGGCAUAUUAUGUGCCAUGAAGAAAUUAAGAGGCAAGGAAGAUGUGCUGGCACGUAUGGCGGCAGCUUUUGGUUGCAUGACCACCAUGUCAUUAGUGAUGGGUUUGAGAGGCCCGGAAGUAAUUUCUUUUGGUGCUAUGUUUGCUCUCUGGUCUGGUGGAAUGUUUAAGGUGUGUGAGAAGUUAUCAAAGGUAAAAGCUGACGAUGUGUCUUAUGAUAAAACAAGAGACAAGUUUUCUUGUAUUGGUCUUGGUAUUGAUCAUCAUGGAAUGAACUUUAACACGGGCUUCUUCACUAGCAACGCUCUCGCAUUGCUUACUGAUCACAGGCAAGAAGGAGGCGAAGAACGGAGGCAAGUGGAAAUGGUUCCGCUGAUGAGCUUUGAAGAUAAAAUUUCAGUGAUCUGGUAA